AUGGAGGAUGGGUUUCCUUCCCAACGAGCCGAUGCAACAUCUGUUUAUGAUGAAAUGACUUCGUUUGAUUUUGUGUUUAUCUUGCAUCUAAUGAGCGAGAUUAUGGGCAUCACAGAUUUUCUUUGCCAGAAUUUACAAAGUAAGUCUCAAGACAUUUCGAAUGCAAUGGAGCUUGUGUCAUCUAUAAAAAGAUUACUACAAGAGUUAAGGGAUGACAAGUGUGAUAAUUUGCUUGAAAAAGUAAAGUCUUUUUGUGUGGCUCGUAACAUUAAUAUUCCUAAUUUUAGUGCUCAGUAUGUUGAUAGGCGGCGUCGAGCUCGUGGUCAUCAAGACAUAACCAUUGGACAUCAUUAUCGAGUAGACUUCUUUUAUGCCGCGAUCGAUUCACAAAUGCAAGAAAUUAAUGUGCGUUUUAGUGAAGAUGCGACGGAGUUGCUUAUGCUUAGUUCUGUCUUAAAUCCUCAAAAUGCAUCAGAGGCUUUGAGAAUACUAGAUAUAUGCAAAUUGGUUGACAAGUUUUAUGCACAAGAUUUUACAAGUGAAGAAAAAGAGAGCUUGAAGAUGCAACUAAAACAUUAUGAGCAUAAUGUAGUCAAAGGAGUGAUUGUGCCUGUGCUUACUCUUCCAGUUUCUACUGCUACUUCAGAACGAUCAUUCUCAGCUAUGAAUAUCGUCAAGACUAGGCUUCGAAGCAAAAUGGAGGAUCCUUUCCUCUUAGACGCAUUAAUGGUGUUUAUUGAAAGAGAAAUUGCUAAAAGUCUGAGCAUUGAUGUUAUCAUUGAAGACUUUGAAAAUUUUAAGGAACGUCGAAUUCCUUUUAGUUAG